AUGAUGCAUACAAGUUGUGUUAACGAGCCUAUUAUCUGUCAAGCUGCUGUUGCUUGGGAACCAAGUAAACCGCUAGUGAUUGAAGAGGUUGAAGUUGCUCCUCCAUCAAGUGGGGAAGUGAGGAUCAAGAUUCAUUCUUCUGGAGUUUGUCAUACAGAUGCAUAUACUUUGAGUGGUCAUGAUCCUGAGGGAGUUUUUCCUGUCAUUCUUGGACAUGAAGGUGCAGGUGUUGUAGAAAGCGUUGGGGAGGGUGUAUCGUCUGUUGUUCCAGGAGACCACGUCAUUCCACUAUACAUUCCACAAUGUAAUCAAUGCAAAUUUUGUCUAUCUAAGAAAACGAAUUUAUGCUCAAAGAUAAGGGAAACGCAAGGAAAAGGCCUCAUGCCUGAUGGAUCUGUUCGUUUCAAAUGUCGUGGUAGACAAGUGCAUCACUUCAUGGGCUGUAGCACUUUUAGUGAAUACACAGUGCUACCUGAAAUUAGCUUAGCAAAAAUUGAUAAAAAUGCCCCACUGAACAAAGUUGGCCUUUUGGGUUGUGGCAUAAGCACGGGUUAUGGAGCUGUCUUUAAUACUGCUAAAGUUGAGAAAGAGAGCAUAUGUGCUGUUUGGGGUCUUGGAGCCGUUGGAUUAGCAGUCAUAAUGGGAUGCAGAAUAGCUGGUGCUAGAAGAAUUAUUGGAAUAGAUAUUAAUGAAAACAAGUUUGGUUUAGCUCUGUCUUUUGGAGCUACAGAAUGCAUAAAUCCUGCGAAGCAUUCUAAGCCGAUACAACAGGUUAUUGUUGAAAUAACUGAUGGAGGUUGUGAUUAUUCUUUUGAAUGUGUCGGGAAUGUGGGUACUAUGCGUCAAGCUUUAGAAUCGUGUCACAAGGGCUGGGGUGUUUCAGUUAUAAUUGGUGUAGCGGAGGCUGGGGCAGAAAUCUCAACUCGACCAUUCCAGCUUGUAACUGGUCGUACAUGGAAGGGUUGUGCUUUUGGAGGUUGGAAGUCUCGUGACUCAGUGCCCAAACUAGUUGAAGACUAUUUAUCAGGGACGAUCAAGGUUGAUCAAUUUAUCACUCAUCAUUUUCAGUUAAAAGAUAUCAAUAAAGCUUUUGAUUUGAUGCAUGAUGGUAUUUGGAAUUAAAUAUACCAAAUAUUUCAACCAAAACAUUUUUUUCAUUUGUCAAAAUGAGUUGUGGUAUUGUAACCCCGGAAAUAUUAACUGAAAUCAGAUCAAAAUUCAGAAUAAAAUGAAUAUUGUUCCAGAUAUAAUAAGAAUGAUUUUCUGAUAUAACUUAUUAAUCACAUUAAGCUUCUUAUUUUUACUAUACUUGUCCCACUGUUUUAAAUUUGUUUUCAGCAUCAGACCAAUGAUUCACCUCUUCGCUCCGUAAAAUUAUGGCGUCGCCUGUGAUAUCUAUAGUUGCUAUUGUUUUCCUAAGCGUUAUGGCGUUUUCUGUGCAUUAAACUCGUACAUUAAUCGGU